UGUGUCGCCGCCAUUAGCGUCCGUAAAGUUGUCUUGGACGACGAAUAUUACUGUCAACGCUUCCGUCAAAUCCAAAGUGCGACAGUUGUCCAGCCGAAGUGGUGCACUUGAUUCCAAGAUGGAGAAAGACCGACGGUUCAAUUUAAAACUCUUGGUGCCCCCGCUGAUGUAUAACAGCCAGGUGUCUGCCGUUAGACCCCAAGAAAGUGUCGGGAACGGAGCUGAGCUGGUAAGUAACAGUGGUGGGAAGUAACUAAGUAUUUUUCAGAGCAACUGUACUCCUGGACAGCUUUGUUCUAAAAUGUUUGACGAGGUGGAGAAAAUCAAAUGCUGGAAAGUCAAAGUGGUCUGUGAUGCUGCACAAAGCGAGAGGAAACUUCAGGAGAACAAAAUAACAAUUGAAACUCAGCGCAAGGCCAUUCAGGAGUUGCAGUUUCAAAAUGAAAGUCUCAGCAUCAAGUUUGAGGAGCAGAUGAGUGAAAACGAGGAUUUGCGGAACAAACACAAUGCAACCCGCAACUUGUGUAAUUUGCUGAAAGAAACCUUUGAGCGGUCGGCAGACAAAAUGCAAUUGUUUGAAUCCGAGCGAGAGGAGACACAUCACCUUCUAAUGGAAAACAGUGACACUGUUCAGAAACUGAUUGCAGCAUUCGAUCAUCUUCGUGGUCAAGCUGAAGCCCAUCAGAAAGAUAUGCAGACUGUCAAAGAGGGUUUACAGAAAUGUGACGAGCUCAAAGAAAAGUAUGAACAAAAAUACACCCUAAAAGAGAAAGAGGUGGUGACACUUAAAGCUAGACUUCAGGAUAAAGAAGGUGAAAUAGAGAAAUUCCAAGAUGACCUCCAUGAUACUCAAAAUCAAUGUAGACUGCUUCAAGAGGCCACAACUCAACAAAGUGAGGACCUGAAAAGCUCAAAACUGGAGCAAGAGUCCCUUCUUGAAAAACUGCACUCAGCAGAGCAGCGAUGUAAAGAAAGCGAGACCAGUCGGGAAGUCAUGCGUGACGUGCUGAGACAGAACAAAGAAGAACACGCACAGAUCCUCAGCAGUAAAGAUUUAAGCUUACAAGAGGUUCGCCGUGUUAAAAAUGAAAAAGCCGAGAAGCUCAAGCAAGUUCAGACAACCCUUGUGGAGCUGCAGAAUUCAUUAGCCUUUGAGGAGCGAAGGUCUAAGGAAUGCAAGGAAAAACUAAUGGAGACAAAACAAGAACUUGAAAGGAGUAACAAAGUUUUAGGAGAAAUUGAAGACCAAAGUGCCAAAAAAGAUGAGCAAAUCACAAUCCUUCAGACUGAAUUGGAAAAAAGCUUGAACUCAAUGGAGCUCGUGAAGGGAAAAGCUGAAGUCCUUCAAGUCAGAGUAAAGGAUCUCCAAGCUGAGCUUUCGGCAAAAACUAUACAAGCGCAGCUAGUCAUGGGUGAGGCAGAGACUAUACGUGCAGACAACAAAAAGCUCAAGAAAGCUGGUGAAAAGGCGAAAGAGGUUUUCAUGGAGAAGCACAGCAUCACUGAGAGCAAAGUAUACGAGCUGGAGGACAAGUUGUUCAAUGCAAUGAAGAAAACCGAAGACUACAGCUUUGAGAUAGUGCAACUCAAGACAGAACUUGCACAGCAUGAAGAAAAGUACGAAGAGCGGCUGUCUAACUUUAAUGAGGUUAAUCGUGAGAAGAAGGCUCUUGAGCAGCAGUUGGAGAGCAUGUCCUCUAAUAUGGAGGCCAUCGAGGCAAACAUGAAGGUGAGUGAGGAGGAGGUGGUGACGCUCACAAAGCAAAUGCAGAAGCUGGAAGAAGAAAACCAACGUUUAAGGGCGGAAGUACACACCAUUCAAAGUCUAACCAAAGGACAGUGUGACGAAAUUGAGAUGUUGCAAAAGAAAAUGGAAGAUAACUUUGAGCUUUUGCAGGAGAAGGUUAUACAAACAGAAGGACAGCUCAAAGCCGCGGAAGCAAAGUGCUCUUACCUCAUGAAGAAAAUUGGAUCUCACCGUAAAGCAAGGGAAUGCGAGAAAGAGAUUAAAAAGCAUAAGACAGAAAUGGCAAAACAGCUUGUGAAAUACAGUCAGCUUGAAAAUAAGAUGAGCAGUCUGAAUGAGGAGUCCCAGAACCAGAAAAGGCAACUUGAGGAAAAGCAUCAGAAGCUGCUUGAAGAACUUCAAGCUACAUCCUCAUUUGCAGCGGAACUUGACAAUGAGAUGCAAGAGCUGCGAAUAACAGCAGCUGAAGCCGUCAAAAGCAGAGAAGACGCAGAACUCAAGUGUCAAAACAAGACGGCAGAUAUGGUCGCACUGAUGGAAAAACACAAAAGCCAAUAUGACCAUGUGGUCAAAGAAAAGGAUGCAGAGCUGGAAGAAAGGAAGAAGAGUGAGACAGAGGCAGUUGGCUCGAGGAAGUCGCUGGAGCUUGAUGUCUCCAAGCUGAAGACAGAAAACCGUCAAUUGAAGAAGCAGCUGAUGACUGAGAAGGACAACUUUCAGAAGGAGUUAAGUGAUCUGAAGAAAGAAUUGUCAUCACUUAAAUUAUCCCGGGUGUCCCAAGAAAAGAACAACAAGGCAAGUGCCUUCAACACGAAAGAUAAAGGGAGAUGUGCAGAUACACCAAGAAGUGGGUCUUCAAAGAUGAAUGUGUUUGACUUCGCCAAGGAACUCCACCAUGAAGACUUUGCUUCUCCGGGAAGUGGGACAAAGUGGGCUGGCAGAGCAGAAAAAAUUAAAACCUACAGAAUAAGGACGCCCCCUAGUGCUGAAAAGCCAGGGAGCUGGGCGAGUAGAGCCAUGGAGCUGGAGCCCAAGUCUGACAGCUCUGAUCCAAACAAUAUUUUGACUGUUAAAAAUGCACCAGCAUCCCACGUCUCCAUUCCCCCCUCUAAAUGCAACCGGUUCAAAAAGAGCCCCGCUUCUGGUAAGUCACCAGGAACCUCCCUAAAGUUAGCGGCCAUCAAGAGAAUGCGUGACGCUGGCUGGACCGCUGUCAUUGACAGUGAGAAAAAGAAGAAAAAGACUCAGGGGAAGAUAUUUUCAUAAGUCGUGCCUUUUCGGGGGGACAUUAGACGCAGUUAAGUUUUCAAUUCCAACUUUGAUAUCCAACCUUUUGGUGGUGGUAAUGUAGUAAAAAUAUUAGUGUUGUUGUAAGCGAAGUAUAGUAGGAAGAGGUAUAGUUUCG